AUUUUAGUCUAAGACAGAUAAUAAUAUCUCCUCUAUUUUUUUUUUCAAUUAAACUUAAAUCCCCUGUCCUUCCCAUCUCCUUAUAUAAGCCCCCCCCGUUCUCUCCUCCGGAGGAACUCAUCGAGGAUCGGUUUCUGAUCUCUUCCGUGUUUACUGAGGUGAUGGAUUCCACCAAGUUUUCCUUUUCUUCGAUGAUGGUGGCCGUGGCUGCCCUCUUGUAUCUUUUCUUCGCCGUUUCUUUGGCGACGGACAUGUCGAUCGUAAAGUACGACGAGGAGCACGGAAUGAAAACGGGUUGGAGGAGUGAUCAGGAGGUGAGGGGUCUUUACGAGUCCUGGCUCGUGACGCACGGUAAAGCGUACAACGCUUUGGGGGAGAAGGAGAGGAGAUUCGAGAUUUUUAAGGACAAUCUGAGAUUUAUCGACGAGCACAACUCCGGAAACCGCACCUACAAGGUGGGUUUGAACCGAUUUGCCGAUCUUACCAACGAUGAAUACCGGGCUAUGUAUUUGGGUACGAAGCUCAACCCCAACAGGAGGGCUUCGAGACCAAAGAGUAACCGAUACGCUUUCCAGGCCGGUGACGCUUUGCCGGACUCCGUCGAUUGGAGAGAUAAGGGGGCUGUCGUUGCCGUCAAAGACCAAGGCAGUUGCGGGAGCUGCUGGGCUUUCUCGACGAUUGCUGCGGUGGAGGGGAUAAACAAGAUUGUUACGGGUGAUCUGAUCUCGCUGUCGGAGCAGGAAUUGGUAGACUGUGACACAUCAUAUAACCAGGGAUGCAACGGGGGUCUCAUGGAUUACGCCUUUGAGUUCAUCAUCAGCAACGGCGGCAUCGACACAGAAGACGAUUAUCCAUAUAAAGCUCGCGACGGCCGAUGCGACACCUAUCGGAAAAAUGCUCAUGUCGUUACAAUUGAUUCAUACGAAGAUGUUCCGGAGAACGACGAGAAUGCCUUGAAAAAGGCGGUGGCAAAUCAACCCGUCAGCGUUGCCAUUGAAGCCGGUGGCAGGGCCUUCCAGCUCUACCAAUCCGGUAUAUUCACAGGACGGUGUGGGACAGCAUUGGACCACGGUGUGACUGCUGUUGGAUAUGGCUCGGAAAAUGGUGUAGACUACUGGAUUGUGAAGAACUCGUGGGGUGGCAGCUGGGGUGAGGAAGGGUACAUCAGGAUGGAGCGUAACUUGGCUAGUGGUUUAACUGGCAAGUGCGGAAUUGCAAUGCAGGCCUCUUAUCCCAUCAAGCAGGGGCAGAACCCUCCAAACCCUGGGCCUUCUCCCCCGUCUCCAGUGAAGCCCCCCACAGUCUGUGAUGGUUACUACUCGUGUCCCGAGAGUAACACCUGCUGCUGUCUCUUCGAAUUUGGCAAGUACUGCUUUGAAUGGGGAUGCUGCCCACUUGAGUCUGCUACUUGCUGCGAAGACCACUACAGCUGCUGCCCCCAGGACUAUCCUGUCUGCAACGUCGAUGCAGGGACAUGCCUCAUGAGUAAGGACAACCCAUUGGGAGUUAAGGCAUUGAAACGUAGUGCUGCCAAACCCUUCUGGGCCUAUGGAAGUGCUGGCCGCAGAAAGAGCAACAAUGCUUGAGAAUCCUGGGUUCUUUUGUGCCAUGCAGCAAGGAGAGCAAGAAAGGUGCAAUGAAGAAUAUGCCUAACUUGAUUAAGCAUGGCUGUAUUUAUUAUUGACCCCCUCCCCCUAGAAUCAAUCCUAGAUGAUUUAUAUUACAAAUCCUCCUUCCGUCUUAGUCUUGUAUUGCAAGCGGAUGGAUGAUCGAUUAAUUAAAUUGAUGGGUAUUUGGAUGAUGACAUUGUACAUAAAGUUAUAUUUCCUUAUUGCAUGCCAAUGAAUUAUUGCCAAUCUGCUUAGGAUUUCCUCUGUAAAUACAAUCUUCAUUAUUACCAGUUGCUUUAGUCACUUCGAUGAA